AAUUGCAGCCCAAAUAAAUUUCGGUUCGUGAUGAAAGCAGUAAUUUUCGUACUUUUUGCAAUUUCUGCCACAUUCGCCGACGUUGAAGAUAAACUUUAUUUGGCGUCCGUGCGAAAUCGCUUCAAUGAAUUUGUGGGAUGUGCGACUGUUAUUUCGCCCAAUUUGGCGAUUACAGCUGCGAAUCUCGUAAAAGGGAAACAACCACAAGAGCUCUUUGUGACGCUCGGCAAUCAUAACGACUCGAAUGUGGGAUAUUUGCAUCUGCCCGAGAUGUAUUUCAAUCGCGUCAUGGAUAUUUAUUUGAAUGAAAUUAAAAAUAAGACGGAUUGUGGAGGUAAUGAAACGGAAACGAGUCAACAACAGAAUCAAACGGCGACCAAUGCAAUUGAUAUUGCGGAAGCGGAUUUCAAGGUCACGGCGAUGAGGAAAAUUUUGGGCACCUCAAGUGUCAACAAAAUCCCCACGUCACACAUUCGAGCCGUCGAAAAGAUCAACAUUCAUCCAGAUUUCAAGGCAACCGGAAAAUUCGACUCAAAUAUCGCAAUUUUACACUUUGAACAUUCCAUAAAACUACAAAACCUGAAGCCCAUCGAGAUUGAUCCCUCUGAAUCGCUUCAAUCAAAUCACUCGAUGCUACUUGGCUGGACCCGUUAUCACGCUUACGAGAAAAACGUCACAAUUGUCAACAUGUCCGAAUGCAACGGAAUGACGCGAAAAAAUUACUCCAGCGACGAUUUCUUGUGCGUGAAAAAUCCGGGACAACCCAUUGCGGGUGCCUUGGGAAAUCCAUGUCUCGCUGGAUGUCCUCUCGUGAUCGACGACAAACUGGUCGCCAUGGUAACAGCUGGUCACAAAAAAUUAGCAAAAAAUAACAUGAUAAUGGCGAUCACCAAAGCGAAAUUGCUGCCAUUUAUACAAGCGGUUAAAAAUGGCGUCGAAUUGGGAGACGUGCCAGAAGAUUUAGUAAAAAAUGUCGUUGUCGAGAAUUAAAUUUCGAUUUUUCUUUAUUUUAAACCGCGAAUUUUGUAGUAAUUACGUAGCUCAAAGAAUAAAUAACUAAAAAUA